CUCCAUGUCGGGGGUGGAGUGGAGAUGAGGGGGGGAGACACACACACUCAAACCCCUCCCUCCCUGAGUGUGCGCCUUCGUCGCAGACUCGCAAGCACGACCGCCGCCAGUUACGCUUCCCUUUUCCCUGUCAGCCUCGCCCACCAGUGGGGAAGGAAAAGACGUCCGGGACACAAGGACAGGAGGGCGGACUAGCAAGCGGCCACGCAAGUUUCUUCUUGACAACCCCCCACCCCCGCACGCCCGCAGGAAGGAAGGCAAGAUGAUCGCAGCUCAGCUCCUGGCCUACUACUUCACCGAGUUGAAGGAUGAUCAACUCAAAAAGAUCGACAAGUACCUCUACUCCAUGCGGCUCUCCGACGAGACCCUCAAGGACAUCAUGAACCGCUUCCGCCGGGAGAUGGAGGAUGGCCUCGGCCACGGCACCAAUCCCACCGCCACAGUCAAAAUGUUGCCCACCUUUGUCAGGUCCAUCCCUGACGGUUCAGAGAAGGGGGAUUUCAUUGCCCUGGAUCUCGGGGGAUCAAAUUUUCGCAUCCUGCGAGUCAAGGUGACCCAGGAUAAAAAGCAACCGGUUCAAAUGGAGAGCCAGGUCUACGAGACCCCCGACGACAUCAUUCACGGGAGCGGCACUCAGCUUUUUGACCACGUGGCAGAAUGCCUGGGCGACUUCAUGGAGAAACAAAAGAUCAAGGACAAAAAGCUUCCCGUGGGAUUCACCUUCUCUUUUCCCUGCGCCCAAAGCAACGUGCUUGAGGCCGUCUUAGUGACAUGGACAAAGAAGUUCAAGGCCAGCGGCGUGGAAGGCACGGACGUUGUCAAACUCCUCAACAAGGCCAUCAAGAAACGCGGGGACUACGAGGCCGACAUCAUGGCGGUGGUCAACGAUACGGUGGGGACCAUGAUGACGUGCGGCUUUGACGAUCAACGCUGUGAGGUGGGCAUCAUUAUAGGAACAGGAACCAACGCCUGCUACAUGGAAGAAAUGCGUCACAUCGACCAGGUGGAGGGCGACGAGGGUCGGAUGUGCAUCAACACCGAGUGGGGGGCCUUUGGCGACGACGGCUCCCUGGAGGACCUGCGCACGGAGUUCGACCGGGAGAUCGACAGGGGGUCCAUCAACCCGGGAAAGCAGCUUUUUGAGAAGAUGGCCAGUGGCAUGUACAUGGGGGAGCUGGUGCGACUCAUUCUGGUCAAGAUGGCCAAAGAAGGUCUGCUGUUUGAAGGACGCAUCACACCUGAGCUCCUGACAAAAGGGAAGAUUGAGACCAAGCACGUCUCGGCCAUUGAAAAGACGAAAGAAGGGCUGAAGAAGUGCAUGGAAAUCCUAACAAGGCUAGGGGUGGAGCCCUCCGACGAAGACUGCCUCGCCGUGCAGCACGUGUGCACAAUCGUGUCCUUCCGCUCGGCCAAUCUGAUCGCCGCCACCCUGGGGGGCAUCCUGUCUCGCCUGAAGGAGAACAAGGGUGUGGCUCGCCUUCGCACCACCGUGGGCAUCGACGGCUCCCUCUACAAGAUGCACCCUCAGUAUGCCCGCCGCCUGCACAAGAUGGUGCGCCGCCUGGUGCCGGACUCGGACGUCCGCUUUUUGCUGUCGGAGAGUGGGAGCGGCAAGGGCGCCGCCAUGGUGACGGCGGUGGCUUACCGCCUGACGGAGCAGGCGCGGCAGAUCCAGCAGACCCUCGCCGAGUUCCGGCUGGGCAAAGCUCAGCUGCUGGAGGUGAAGAAGCGCAUGCGGGUGGAGAUCGAAAGAGGCCUCAAGAAGGAAACGCACCAAGAGGCGACGGUCAAAAUGCUGCCCACAUACGUCCGAAGUACACCGGAUGGAACAGGUGAACCGCUGGGCUUCCCCUUCUCCUUCCCUUGCCAUCAGACCAGCCUGGAUGCGGGAAUACUCGUGACCUGGACCAAAGGCUUCAAAGCCACCGACUGUGAGGGCGAAGAUGUGGUGGAGCUUCUGAGGGAGGCCAUCAAGAGGAAAGAGGAAUUUGAGCUGGAUGUGGUGGCGAUCGUCAACGACACCGUGGGCACCAUGAUGACCUGCGCCUAUGAGGAACCCACCUGUGAGGUGGGCCUGAUUGCAGGGACGGGCAGCAACGCUUGUUAUAUGGAGGAGAUGAAAAACGUCGAGAUCGUGGAAGGGAAUGAAGGUCGGAUGUGCGUCAACAUGGAAUGGGGAGCCUUCGGAGACAAUGGUUGCCUGGAUGACAUCAGAACCCAGUACGACCAGGCGGUGGAUGAGAACUCGCUCAACGAAGGCAAACAAAGAUACGAGAAGAUGUGCAGCGGCAUGUACCUGGGGGAGAUCGUCAGGCAGAUUUUGAUUGAUCUCACCAAACGCGGAUUCCUUUUCCGUGGACAAAUCUCUGAAACGUUAAAGACGAGAGGCAUCUUUGAGACAAAGUUCCUGUCUCAGAUCGAAAGCCCUCGUCUGGCUCUGCUGCAGGUCAGGGCCAUCCUGCAGCAACUGGGGCUGGACAGCACCUGCGACGACAGUAUCAUCGUCAAGGAGGUUUGCGGUACGGUGUCCCGUCGCGCCGCCCAGAUCUGCGGGGCCGGUAUGGCAGCAGUUGUGGACAAGAUCCGCGAGAACCGGAGACUGGACCACCUGGAUGUGACCGUGGGCGUGGACGGAACGCUCUACAAGCUGCACCCACAUUUUUCGCGGAUCUUCCAGCAAACGGUGAAAGAGCUCUCCCCGAAAUGCGACGUGAAUUUCCUUCUGUCUGAGGACGGUAGUGGGAAGGGGGCCGCGCUCAUCACAGCGGUGGGCUGCCGUCAGAGGGAGCAGGAAGCUCAGCAACACUGAAGGCCCUCCCGGAAAAAAAAAGUACGAAAGGAACUCUCCGCUGCUUCGUGGCCAUCGUUCACCCCCAUCCUUCCAACGGCCGUGACCCACCCACCUGCCACUUGACCGCUGCCCCGAAGUUAGGGCGGCGCACAAACAAGCACCACAUGCUCCGCAUAUUUAUUGCUCGGCACCAGCAGCUUUCUUGUGUUUGUCCGUUCUCCUCGGUAGCUCGUCUGUGUCUAAUAUUUGUGUAUUGCUAACGUUAUUUUUAUAUGGAGGCAAAGAGAUGACUAUUUAUACAGCUGAGGCCAUUCCCAUGACAUUUUACACCACCGGGACAAGAAAAAUGCUUUCACUUUUUAUACACACAGAAGCCUGAUGGGCCAAGGCGUUCCCCAAACGUACCUUUCCGAAACGCCGGGCGACAAGAGCUCGCCGGCAAGUCACGGCUGCUCCAUUCCUUCCCAUGACAUCACGUGCAAAGUUAAACGAGCAGAGAUUGGGGACUCGAGUUGUUGCAAAUUGGACUUGACCGAAGUCACCGUUUUGGUUUGGGAAAAUAAACCCAAGAGACUCGACACUCGACUUAAGACUUUUGAGUUCAAGAACCAGAGCUGAGGCACGGGCUGACUUGGGAAGCAUUCACUGAUUCGCCACUCCCUUAUCACGACAGCAUUUCGGGGGGGCUACGUACUCCGGAGUGGAUCUUUUGAACUGAAACUCGUCAGCCAAUCGUAGAUGGGGGUUCCCCCCCGAGUGAAACAAAAGGUUCUCGGUUGUAUGUUGAGAAAUAAUCAAAUUCAUGUCACUGUAAAUUGCAAACUGACUUGCGCAAAACAAAAUGACGUGCGACUCGUUAGCUCAAGGCUUAGCGCGUGCGUGACCUGUUCCAAUCUCUGCCCGUUGACUGCUGGUGUGCAUCUUGUCCGUGUUGGUCACGCGUCCAUGUAGCGGGCGGCAAAUGUUAGCCAUCGUUUAGAACUUCUUUGUGAACUACUACGCUUUGUUGUCGUGAUGAACCCCGCAUCAACUCUGACCGGGAGGGGUGGAGAACUACUACUGCUGCUUUAUUGUGUAUAUUGUGUCAGGAGCGUGCGUGUAUGUGUCCGACCAGUACGCUUCCAGUGUCUAAAAGCUGUGUGUAGACUGCAUGCCUUACACACAGACGUGAUGCCUUUUGUUUCACGUGGAAGAAGACGACACUUGAUGAUUAAAUUCUAUUUUGUUGUGGAA